AUGAGUAUAGAGGUUCUUCUUCCAGGAGUCACCGCUUCUUUGAUGAAUCUUCAGAUUCAAUCGACUCUGAUCGAGCGAAUCAAGGCAGCUCAAGCAGGUGACCCAUUUAUUUGGAAGUGCAGAGAGUUAGCAGUGGCUGGUCUUCGACCGGAAUUUGUUGUUCAUGAGAACGGAUCCUUACGAUUUGGGAGUCGUAUCUGCGUACCAGGAGGAGAUAUUCGAGAGGAGAUAUUACGGGAAGCUCAUAGUUCACCAUAUUCUAUUCACCCUGGAGGUACGAAGAUGUAUAAGGAUCUAAAGCUGAAUUUUUGGUGGCGUGGUAUGAAGAGAGAUGUGGCUCGUAGUGUGGCUAAGUGCCUUAUAUGUCAGCAGGUGAAGGCAGAGCAUCGGCGCAUUGUAGGUCUUUUGCAGCUGUUGCCUAUUCCGGAAUGGGAGUGGCAGCAUGUCACCAUAGACUUCGUCACUGGCUUACCUCGGAGCACUAGACAAAAUGACGCUGUUUGGGUGAUCGUAGACCGAUUAACCAAAUCGGUUCAUUUCAUUCCCUUCAGAGUGGGACAGUCGAUGGAGCAUCUUGCUCAGAGAUACAUGGAGGAGGAUCAUCUACAUUUGGUGGAGUUUGCAUACAACAACAGCUUCCAGGCAAGCAUUGGGAUGGCCCCUUUUGCAGCAUUGUAUGGGAGGAAGUGCCGCUCUCCUUUGAGUUGGGAUGAUGUUGGUGAGCGAGAGAUUUUUGGGCCAGAGUUGAUUGAGAGAUUAGUGGAUGUAGUCAGGAUCAUUCGGGAGCGACUUCGCAUAGCUCAGGACAGAUUCAAGCAUUGGGCAGACGUGAAACGUCGGCACUUGGAGUUUCAGCCAGGAGAUCAUGUAUUCCUGAAGAUUUCCCCCAACCGAGGCACCAUUCACUUUGGAAGGCGUGGGAAGUUGAGUCCGCGAUAUGUGGGACCUUUUGACGUAUUGGAGAGAGUGGGAGAAGUGGCGUACCGACUUGCACUACCACCCGCACUGGCUGGAGUGCAUAGCGUAUUCCACGUUUCUCAGUUGCGAAGAUACGUCAGAGAUCUGAGUCAUGUCGUAGAUUUCUCAGAGAUUAAGGUGCGACAUGAUUUGACAUACGAGAAGCAGCCUGUGGCGAUUUUGGACCGAAGGGAGAAGACCCUCCGGAACAAGACCGUCUCGCUUGUUCGUGUGAUGUGGCACCCAGAUUCUCCUGGAGAGUCGACUUGGGAAACUGAGUCUGAGAUGCGACAGCGAUAUCCUCAUUUAUUUCCUGAAUCUUAG